AUGGAAGCAGAGCCGACGAACGGCAUCGACAUCGAUGCGCUCAAUAACGAGGAGACGAUGCUGAGUGAGAAUAACCCGACGACGACGAGAAAGAAAGGCGAAGACCAACCAACUUUGGAAGGGUGGAUUUGCGUCACCGGAGAAGAAGCUCUGAAAGCGCAGUAUAAGGGACCGUGUUCCAAAUGCUCGCAAGAUAUGCAAGUAUCCUUCCGUCCGUACGUAGGUGGGAAACCUCCAGUAUGCGAUACCUGCUUUAAAGCGGAAAAGUUCAACAACAGGAAUUUUACGAACAACAACAAUAACAGACGAAGUCAAAGACAUCAGCAACAGUCCUCCCAGGCGCCAACACUGAGAGGGUGGAGAGAAACGACCAAACGAGACGAAAAAUCGGGCAAAUCUAUAUUCGAAGGCCCGUGUGGAGGCUGCCAAAAGCACACGGAAGUUCCGUUUCGUCCGGUGAGCGCGCCAGACGCGAGGCCGCCUUUGUGCGACACAUGUUACGCUUCGUUACAAGAAGUCACAAAUCCAGACGGCGGGAAUGGAGCAGGUGGUAAAUCGAGAGGGAGAAACGCUAACAAUGAUCGGUUUUCUCCGUACGGUGUUGGUGGUGCUGCUGGUCGAGGAGGAAGAGGGGGGAGAGGAGGAAGAGGAACGCAAAUGAUGAUGGUGCCUCAACACGUCGCGCACUCGAUGAUGCUCGCGCAACAAAUCGGCGGCGGCCGAGGUGCUGGUAAAGGUAAAUCAAAGAAGUGGACGAGGGAUGGAGCUGAAGAAAACGCAAUUGGAGUCGAGGUGGACACCUCCAACGUCCCGUGCAUUUUUCUUGCCCGAGGAAGUUGUAAAAAUGGAGACGCCUGUAAGUACUCCCACACUUUAAUGGCGGAAGGAGACGACGAUAUGGGAGAUAUUCCCGUCGAAUAA